AUGAACUGGCUCUCGAUUCUUCGCGCCUCACUCUACUACCUCUUCGUACCUUUCACAACCCUCUUCUGGUCAAUAGUGGCCUGUCUCGCGCCAGUUCUACACCUUGUAAAUUACGUACUGUCGGCCUGCUUACUCCCAGUGAAGUUUCUCGCAAAGUUCGAAACCCUCUACAUCUACCUCGGUGUUGCUGCGCUUGUUGGUCUUGUCACUGGCUCCGUCCUCUACGCAUUGUCGAGCGUGCUGGUGUCCAUGUUCAGCUUGAAACCGGUUGCAGAGGAGAGGGGCCGUUCCGCAGCCUCAGUCCGAGCUGCCCGGGAGCAGAAAAAGUUGCACAAGCUGGAGAAUGCCUGGCAGAGUUCGACCUUUAAGAGCGAGGAUCUCAAUGCCCGGAGUGAACCAUCCCUGGAAAAGUAUGCGGAGUGGCUGGAAAAGACCGACCAGGGUUUGCUGGGCCAGACUAUCUUGGAGGAGGACGAUUCAGAUGGUUUUUGA